AUGGCUUACACAAGCAGUAGCCUCUACAGCUCUUCCCUAGCUUGGGAUUCUCAUAACAACCAACUUGGACUUGUCAACAACACAGACAGAAUGUCUUUAGCUAUGGAUGAGUACAUGAUGAUGACGAUGAUGAUGAAGGCACCGUUUUGCUCACCUCCACUGGUAGAUCAGUCAGAUUUCUCAACGGGGUACUUGGAAGAUGCUUUGCUUGAAUUUAGCGAGCCUUCCAAAAGAAGACGGGUGCUCUUGUAUACCGAUGAUGAGAUCAACCACUCCGCUACUACGACUAGUGUUCUUGAAAAGAGCCACUGGAAUUCACACUGGGAACUCUCUGAGAAUUUUGACUGCAUGACCCAGCUAACCAGUUCCAGUGCGCUAUCAGUUCUACCGGGUGAUCCUGUAAGUAUAACCACACCAAUCGGCAGAGUCUGUGAGGAGACAAACAGAGUCACAAUGAUAAACACAGCAGAAGAGGCAACAAUGCCAGCUCCUGAAGCUAUUGAUUCCUCCUCUUCUUCUUCUUACAAAGAGGACUCAGCCAAUGCCAACUCUGAUUAUUUACCUGCUCCUCCAGCUGCAGUGGUAGGUGGUAGCAGCAGUGAUGAAAAGAGGAGAAAGAAGAAGAGGGUGAUAAGAAAGGUGGUUUAUCCAUUUGCAUUGGUGAAGCCGGGCGGGGUAGAAGGGGACAUGACCUUAAACGACAUCAACGAGAGGAUCCUAAUGCCGCCAACAAGGCCAGUACGACAUCCAGUCGGGGACUUUGCGUGUCGGCCAUGCGUGUCUGCUGAUGGCCCAGGCCUUUCUGGCAAAGCUGUGGUGGCCCUUACCAGAAUUCACACUCAGGGCAGAGGCACCAUCACUAUUAUCAGAACCAAAGGUUAA